CUGUGGUUGUGCUUCAGGUCGGGUCGUGUUGAUAGCGACACACUUCGGACGCAUUUCAUCGCGGGGAGAUGGGAAUGUGGAUGAAAUGGCUCUAAAAGAAAUCGCUCUCGCGCUCGUGGCCCUGCUCGGCUCGGCGGCUCUCGGCGACGCUUUACGCUGUAACUGCACAAACUGUGAAAAGACUGCCUACGAGUGUGAGACCGAUGGCGCCUGCAUGGCCUCCACAUACUACAUCCAGGGGAAGGAGCAACACGUCCGCAUCUGUAUCAACCGGGUCAACCUGGUGCCCCCUGGACAGCCGUUCUACUGUCUGAGCGCCGAAGGCCUGCUCAACACGCACUGCUGCUAUCUGGAUUAUUGCAACAGUAUUGAUGUCCCCGUGCCAACAAAGGACUGGUCGGGCUCAGGAAGCUCCUGGGGGCCGGUGGAGCUGGUGGCGGUCAUCGCAGGGCCGGUGUUCCUCCUCUGUGUGCUGCUGAUGGUCGGCGUGUUCCUGUUCCAAUACCACCAGAGGGCCUAUAGCCACCGGCAGAGGCUGGAGGUAGAGGACCCAUCCUGUGACCAUCUGUACUUGGCUAAGGACAGGACUCUGCAGGACCUCAUCUAUGACAUGUCCACCUCCGGAUCCGGCUCUGGUCUGCCUCUGUUCGUGCAGCGGACGGUGGCGAGGACCAUCAUGCUGCAGGAGAGCAUCGGGAAGGGCCGCUUUGGGGAGGUGUGGCGGGGGAAGUGGAGAGGAGGGGAUGUGGCCGUGAAGAUCUUCUCAUCCAGAGAGGAGCGCUCCUGGUUCAGAGAGGCUGAGAUCUACCAGACGAUCAUGCUGCGCCACGAAAACAUCCUGGGAUUCAUCGCAGCGGACAAUAAAGACAAUGGCACAUGGACUCAGCUGUGGCUCGUGUCAGACUAUCAUGAGCACGGCUCUCUGUUUGAGUAUCUCAACCGCUACUCUGUCACCAUCGAGGGCAUGAUCAAGCUGGCCCUGUCGGCUGUCAGCGGCCUGGCUCACCUGCAUAUGGAGAUCCUCGGCACUCAAGGAAAGCCGGGCAUCGCUCACCGAGACCUCAAGUCUAAAAAUAUCCUGGUGAAGAAGAAUGGCACGUGUGCCAUCGCUGACCUCGGCCUGGCAGUCCGCCACGAGUCCAUCACGGACACAAUCGAUAUAGCGCCGAACCAACGCGUGGGCACGAAGAGGUAUAUGGCUCCAGAAGUCCUGGACGAAACCAUCAACAUGAAACACUUUGAUUCCUUCAAGUGUGCCGACAUUUAUGCGCUGGGCCUCGUGUACUGGGAGAUCGCACGCCGCUGCAACGCAGGAGGUAUCCACGAGGAGUACCAGCUGCCCUACUAUGACCUCGUGCCCUCUGACCCCUCCAUAGAGGAGAUGAGGAAACUGGUGUGUGACCAGAAGCUGAGGCCGAAUAUGCCCAACUGGUGGCAGAGCUACGAGUCGCUGCGUGUGAUGGGUAAGAUCAUGAGGGAGUGCUGGUACGCCAACGGAGCCGCCCGGCUGACGGCCCUGCGCAUCAAGAAGACCCUCUCGCAGCUCAGCGUGGAGGAGGACAUCAAGAUGUGAGCGGCGAAAAGUCGUGCUGGAGACGCACAGCCGGGCCACUCCCGUAGGAAACGAACACGAAAGACAGACUGCAAACGGAAACCCUGCCAGUUUUAAAGCCACACUACAAGUUGUGACGAGGCCUACCUCACCUUUUUAGCCAAAACUACUGAGUCACUCUUCCCCUCCGGACUUUACUCUCGCCCCGCCUCCCCUUUGUUCCUCGUGUCUCCUCCCUGUUCCCUUCCACCUCCCCUUCUCCAUGGGCCACAACACUACCGCACUACCACUGUUAAUAUCAUCACAAUCAACCUUUUUUUCUUUUUUCUCUUCAUUUCCCACGGCAGGAAUUAGUACUACUGUACAGCGACGGGAUUAUUUAGUUUGAUCUCUUUUACCUCUGAACUAUGUCCCAUGAUGGACUAACCUUGUCAAGAAUGUUUAAUGUUUAAUAAUAACACUGGCCAAGCAGCAUCACAUUAUGUUGCUGUGUGUGUGUGAGAGAGUGUGUGUGUCUGUCUCUGUCUGUCUGUGUGUGUGUGUGUGUAAGGGGAAAUUCAGAGGCUGAAGAACUGUUUCUAGUGGUGUGUAAAGGAGUCUGGACUACUAGCAUGUUUCUGAGACUACGAUGUCCCCUCCAGGCUGCAGCUCAGUGGACCGAUCCAGUCACGGGACAUUAAAGCAUGAACAUCCAGGUUUAGCUUUUUAAUCCCUCACUUGAUUAUCCUUCAAAUAGAGACGAGAUGCACCCCUCUGUAGCUUCCUCAUCACGUGACCCACAUGACCCAUGUGGUCCAGUCCUGUUAGUUUAAAAUGUGCCGGGGAUAAUGUUUUGGGAUGGUUUUAAUUUUAUUUAUUUGUGGAUGGUUUUAUUUCAUAUUGAUGAACACUGUGAGAUGAGAUGUGACAGCGUCUAAUAUGACAGGACAAUUAAUGUUCAGUCCAAGUCGUCACCAUCUUUCAGACGUUCGACUAACGGGAUGUUUUCCCAAGAAACUGAGCGCCAACAUGGAUGUAGCCAUGACCCCGUUGGUGACGGGCGAAGGCGUCGCGUCCACUGAGCAGGCGAGACGCGUGUGGAACGGCAAUGGGAAAUACUGUUUUGUUUUAAAAAAAUAUAUUUUUGUGUUUUGUGUAAAGGCAUCAUAAUGGGUGUUUUCUUUUGACAUUAGACACUACUGAUGAUGGGUACAUAUGAUUUUUUUAUAUAAAAGAUGCGUUUGUGUCCCCCUCUUGAGCGUCGGUGACAUCGGAACAGUGAUCUUUGUUUUAACGGUACUCUCCGAGGUCGCUCUGGAUUUCUCUGCAUGGUUUCUAACUGCCAGGAAAAGGACUGCCGUCUGCUGGAAUUUUGUUUUUACCUUUCUCCUCUCACGGCAAUUUGGUGGUACUACUGAUCCCAGAUAACUUUGCUGCAACCUGUUGUUAUUAUGUGUAAUUGUUAUUGCUUGUUGAGUUCGGUGAUGCAGAUCUGUUUCUACGUGACAUCUCGUUCUCAUCGACACUGGAAUAUUUAGACGCCUCGUCGUAACCCUGAAUUCUGAGGAUGCCGAUGGUUAUUUAUUCAGACGCGAAGCCGGCUGCUGGCGGCUCCCCCCACCAGGGAGCGCACGCCUCUGUGUUUAAAGGAGAUGUUUUAUCCUAAAAAACGAACCACGUGCGCCAAAGUGAACCUGCAUGUUUUCAUUCUGCUCGAGUCUGUCUGCAGACUAAUCUGUGAAAGUAUUACACUGACGGUUGUCCCGGUUGGGCUCUGCACGGUUAUGUCCACACGGGCUUUAGUUCAUGUGAAUGACGUCAUCACUUCAUGCAGAAUCCCCGUGUCACGUUCGAAUCCCAUUUUGCAUGCAGUCUCAAACACUGGGUCCUCUGCACCGAGGCCGAUGGCGCGAGACGUGUCUCUGCCCUCUUUCUCCCGGUAGCUUUCCUCUGUGUUUCUGUUGGGGUUGUUGUCCGUGUACCCCAGGAAUGUUGCUGCUUACUGUCAACAUGGUGCAGGUUCAGCCGGCGGAGGACAGAGGGCGACUGCUGUGAGCUGAACCAACAUUGUCAAAACCCUCCUGUCCUCGUUUGGUUUGUUGCCAUGGGUAUGUGACCAUCAGACAUCCUGUUCAUGAGUAAUACUUCAAUAUUUCAAAAAAAUCAUGUUGUGCUUUUCAGAAUUGGUUUAAAAGUGUGUAUAUAGAUGAUGAACAAUAAAUUCCUCUUUUUCUUA